GCGCCCGCCCGCGCCCGCAGCGCCACCCCCCGUCUGGGGACCCGCGCGGGGUCCACGGGGCGGGGCCAGUCUCCUAGCCGCCCCUCGAUCCACUCCUGGCCUGGCGUCUGCUUCCAGGGUCGACCUCCCAGCUAGCUACAGGCCGGUCGGGAUCCCCGUGUCGCCAACAUUCCCUUUUUCCCCCUUGGCUGCCCCUCCGCGUUUUGUAAGGGAAACCUUUGCUUUUUAGUUCCUUACAUUUUGAGCCUCACAAUGCCCGAGCAGGGGUCCCAGCGUUCCACCAGUGUCUCGUCUACCUUUCGAGCUUUGAAGGGGCAGGGUCCUUUCACGCCAAACCCCGACACACCCCUUGUGUGAACGCCGGGAAUUUUCCAACUCACUGACGUAUCCACACUGCACCCAGGGCUCAUCAACUCAAAGACAGCGAUAUGACAGCAAAAGGGAUAAGAGGUUAAACGGAUACCAGAUGAGUGGGCAGAGGGGAGCUGGGGCAGGCACGAAGAGGCUCGGCGGGUGUCCUGACCGGAAGUGGGGAGUUGGAAAUACCUGGACAAGCUGGCAGUCCACGUGUUGGGUGGAGGGCCCACUGAACAACACUCACCUGCCUAGGGUGGAGUAGCCCUUUCUUGUGUCGCAUCAGGUCAGCACGCGCUUCUGUGUUGUGUACUAAACUGACCCCACCCAUCAGAGGCCCCAUUCCUUUCCUCUUCCUUCUCCUACCUGGUCCUCUUCUACCUGGACUACACCUUUGCCUCAGGGGAGCCCUCCGUAAGGAAAGGGCAAAGGACACGCUGGUGACCAGGAUGUCUACGUGUUCAGAGUGCCAUUCUCUACCAUCUCAUGGCCACCAGGCAUACCCUUACCUGCCUGUGACCAACACUGAGUCCUGUGCCUGACCCUGGACAACCCAGAUUUUGUUCAGCCCACAGACUACCCUCUCUGUACAAUCAAGACGAAGGGAACAAUGUUCCUGGUGAGCCAAAGCUGGGCCAGACUUUACAGCUCUAUAGAACCAAGGGUGCACAUCAGGGCUCCUUCCAGGUGAGAGGAGGGGUCAGGUGCGGGGGUAUGGAGUAGAGGCGUCUCAUGAGAAUCCUGGCAUCACGCUGGGGUAACUCAGGUAGCGGUGGCUAGAGAAAGGAAUGAGCUCUUUCCAGCCACCCUUCCCAGGAGGGCUCUGCUCACUAGCCCACCCACUUGGCCCUCCCGCAAGGCCACUUAUGGCCCCACCCUUUGUCCAGAGUCCCGCCCCGUGAAAUGAAGCCACGCCCCAUAAGAGAAUAAGCCUGUCCCUCCUCUCUCCCCUUCCAGCCGCCGUUCUGAGCGAAGCAAGCCAAGGAUCCAUCCAAACCGGGUCUUUUGGGAAACCCUGGAGCGCGAAGGCUUCUGGGGAAUUAAGUUUCCACUGGGCACCUCGACCGGGUUUACGCAUGCUCGCGGCUAGGGGCGGAGUCUCCUGGGGUGGGCAAGGUUAAAGGUUCCCACGUUGAGAGCACUGCUUUCUACCUCUUAAGCUUGUUUCCCCCAGACCCAUUUCCUUCUACUUGCUAAAUUGCUCAACCUGCCUGACUGGCUCUGCACUCAGUUACCCUGGCUUAUAGUCCGUGUCCUACUUGCUCUCUCCUUCCUGGUGUUUUCCCGAAUGGGGUCCGAGCCCUUCCCGCUGUAGCGUAGACCCAGAGUUGCCCACCGGUUGGCUCACAAGCUUUCCACUAUUGUUUCACCCCCAGCCCCACCGUCUUUUUUUCGUGUCCUCUAUGGCCAAGGAGGUAAAGCUGCAAAAGCAGAAGGGUACCAGGGCCAAGCAUGGGUGCGGGGGGGGCGGGGGACAGAAAACUCGGGGGAGCUUUCUCCCCAACUCACCAGCACAGGGAAACUGCAGUUUCAGAAACGAGCUGAAAAUGUUGCUUGUGUCCAUGUCACCAAUUUAAGAUAAGUAAAGUAUCUACAAAGUUGUGCCAAACUUUUUUUUAUUAGAAAAGUGGACAAUCCUCCAAGCCGUCUCAGGCAUCCCAGUGACAACUGGGUAUGGGCAGUAGGUGACAAGCAGGAAUUCUGGACAGUGGCUGUAGAAAUGUGAGCAAUGGCUGGGUGGCCCCAGAAUCUGAAGACCUGCCCCCCACUUCCUCUCUGGGGCCAUGACCCAAAGAGGUAGGACAUGCUCAGAUGAAUGGUGAUUGAGUCACCCUGGAUUGGCAAAUGCCCCUUAGAGCCCAAACCUUGGCCUCCACCCAUCUGGGAAUGAGGGGUGACUGGCUGCUGUGCUCUAGUUGCUAAGGCCUCCUGGGAUCCUGGGAACCCCAUCUUUGAGCUCCGCCCCAAAGCCCCACCCCUCUCUAGGAGGGAAAAGGCACCUGCUGGUAGCUCUACUCACAGGCACUGGGACCAGGAGCUGGAGGACAGAAAGACAGACUGCUGCUGCUUGCUGCAGCCUGGGCCAUGGACCCCCAUGAGAUGGUUGUGAAGAAUCCAUACACCCACAUCAGCAUCCCUCGGGCUCACCUGCGGUCUGACCUGGGGCAGCAGUUAGAGGAGGUUCCUUCUUCAUCUUCCUCCGCUGAGAUUCAGCCUCUACCCUCAGGAACCUGUGCCCCAGAGCCAGCGGGCCUCUCGAAAACAACUGAAGCCCCAGAGCCAAAGGGUGUCAAGGGCAUCAAAGGCACAGCUCCUGAGCAGAGCCAACAGACCUACAACCCCUGCAACCCCUACAACAGCAGUGUGCAGCGUCCCUCAGGACUGACGUAUGCUGGUCUGCCCCCUGUGGGGCGUGGCGAUGACAUUGCCCACCACUGCUGCUGCCUGCCUUGCUGCUCUUGCUGCCACUGCCCACGAUUCUGCCGUUGUCACAGCUGUUGCUGUGUUGUCUCCUAGCCUGACUAUCCAACCUCCAGGGCUGGGGGGCCCGGGCCUCUGCUCAAUGCCAAAGUGGUGCUGGACAUCAGGAGCAGCCAUUGUCAUGGGCAUCUGGGGAGCCUGUCCACCAGGAAGGCCCAGCAAGUGCCCUCUGGGAUACGGUCCCAGCCACUAGCCAUGUUGGCAGCAAUAGGAACAUCCUUCACUUCUUGCAAGACUUUGGCAAUA